UUGACUUUCCAUUUAUAAACAUUAUUAUCCUUCCAUCUUUCCUUAAAACGAUCAUGCUCGUCCCCUUUUCCAUAUCCCUCUCCAUAUUACCAUUGCUCCUCACUUCUCUCUCUUCCAGCGCCCUACCCCAAUCGGAACUGCGGCAUCGCUCAGUCUACCAACUCCUUACAGAUCGCUUUGCCCGACCAGACCAGCAGAUUGCACCCUGUGAUGUUGCAAAAAAGGAGUACUGUGGAGGAGGAUGGAAGGGUGUGGAGCAGAGGCUGGAUUAUAUAAAAGGGAUGGGGUUCGAUACAAUUUGGAUAUCGCCGAUCGUCGCCAACAUCCAACUUGACCCAGGUGCACGUUCAUUUCACGGGGACCCAUAUCAUGGCUACUGGGGUUCCAACAUAUAUGAGCUAAAUCACCAUUUCGGAACUCCCCAGGACUUGCUUGACCUCAGCCAAGCACUACAUAAUAGAGGCAUGUAUCUUAUGGUGGAUGUCGUAGCAAAUCAUGUCGGAGCGCAGGACCACGUAUCUUUCGUGCCCUCUUCCGAUUAUGGUCCCUUUUCGUCGCCUUCUGAUUUCCACGAGUACUGUCAGCCUGACUGGGAUGUUCAGGAAGAAAUCGAGCAAUGCUGGGUCGGUUCUCAAACGCCGGACCUCAACACCGAAUCCCCCCAUGUCAUCUCCACGCUCAACACCUGGAUCCACCAUCUCGUUUCCACGUUCCAAAUAGACGCUCUCCGCAUCGACACUGUCAAGCACGUCAGGAAAGAUUUCUGGAAAGGUUUUAUAGAGAGCGCAGGUGUAGCGUGUUUGGGAGAAGUAUUGAAUGGAGACCCGACGUAUUUGGCGCUAUAUCAGAGGGAAGCGAUGGGGAGUAUAUUUGACUUUGCCACGUACUGGCAUAUUCAACGGGCAUUCCAGUCUCCGCUGGGGUCGAUAUCAGAGCUGGUGAACAUGAUCAAACUCCUUCAUCGACUUUUCCCAGACCCAUCAUCACUAGGAUCUUUUCUCGAUAAUCAUGACUUCCCCAGGUUUGCUGGUAAGACCGAUGAUCAGGCUCUUAUUCGCAAUGCGAUGGUUUAUCCUUUCAUCAACGAUGGCUAUCCAAUCCUCUAUUCGGGCCAAGAACAUAAUCUGCAAGGCGGGGAUGAUCCCUAUAACAGGGAAGCAAUUUGGCUAUUUGGAUAUGACGAGUCUUCUCCUACAUACAAUAUGAUCAAAUCCCUCAAUAACGCCCGCCGUAUCGCAUCGUCAUCCCCAUCAUUCCCCGCCCUUCUCCGCCCUUUCCAGCACGGUAACCAUACCAUCGUUAUGUCCAAAGCUCCCCUCCUUUCCAUCCUCAACAACCACGGUUCUUCGUCAUGUCAUAUAACAGGAGGGGCAAGAGCUAUCCCGAUGCAUAUCCCCCCGUCGCAAACAGGGUACAAAGGUCUUCUCCCCGUUAUUAACGUCUUGACCGGACGAAUAUACUCUACCGAUCCUUACGGUGGACUAACUAUCACUAUCGUCCGAGGCGAACCUCUCGUCUUCAUUCCUCUUAUCCUUUACCACUCUCCCAACCCUGUGGAAGUGCCGGAUAGUGAGUGGAAGGGGGUGCUGAUAAAUGAAAAAGGGAAGGGGAAGCGGAGCGGGAAGGACGGUGAAGGAGAUGAGGAUAGGCCGGAGAUGACGAGGAGGUGGAGUCCCGCGGGACCGUGGAGCCCAAGGAUGAUGAGCGGAUUUGGAGGCUGGAUGGGAUGGUGGAGAGGGUGGGGAAGUGGGGGUGGUAACGGGGAUUUGUGAAAAGGACUUUUGUUUGUUUAUGUGAGGUCUGAAGUGGGCUGGUCCCUUAGAUGAGAAAAGGAGGGUGUAUCGAUAUUUCCUCACUCAUGCGCCAGUUUGUAUUUUUAUUAUUAUUUUUUAGCAUUAUGACUGCCAAUUUACAAUAUCGCCAGAGCAGUCUAAAUUCAUGAGAG